CUUUCAUACGGUACUGCUAAGUAGGUAGAAUAAUCGCGUCAUCGAGGUACUGAACACAAAAGAAACGCCUUAAAUUUCGAUCCGGGAUCGACAGUACCAUAUUUUUUCUUUCCUUAAAAGUUACCAUAGUUUAGUAUAUAAUUUAAGUUAUUUUAGCAAGGAUUUGAGGAACAAGAAUGAAGUCUCUAAUAACUAUAACCUUUUUUUGCAUUUUCUUCGUUGUAACCCUAGCAGCAAAAGAUAUUAUGAGAAAGAGUAUUGUUUUCGAUAAAAAUACUCCAGAUGUGUUUUACUGCCCUAUUCAUAAGCCUACAGGAAUGGAUAAGCUUAUAGUCAAAGCCAAACCGUUGAAAAAACUGUGCGAAUUCGAAGGCGGUCCAAUUCCCGAAGACUACAAAAGCGACUGUUAUCAAGAUGUUGAUGAAAGUAGUUAUGCUUGCAAAGAAAAAUACAGAAUAAUGAUGAGAAUGCAUCCCCCCGGUGUUGAACUAGCAGAAGAAAAACCAACAAUGGAUGAAAAAGAAAUGAAGCAAAUGAAAAGGCUUGCCAGAUUCAUCGAUGUCGAUAAGGAGUAUUAUGAAAUGAAGAUGGAGAAAAAAGUAUCAAAACCUAAACGUAGAUUAAGCAACAGGCUGGAUCACUUUAGACGAAUUGUGAGGAAGAAAAAUUAAUAGAUAUUCACUAAAAAUUAUUAUACUUUUGUUCACUGUAUCACAAGACAUGGUCCUAAAUGUCUCGCGAUACUGUCGAUAAAUUCAUUUUUUAUUUGGCCAUUGUCGGUUUUUUUCUCGUGCCAUUCUUAAUAUGUACUUAAAAAAACAAAAUUAAAAUAUAGCAAAAAUCGGAUUGUAUACUAAAACCAAAGCCUAAUAUCGUGAUUAACUUAUGAAAAAUUGCCCUUUUGUAAAAUUUUUCUAAUAUUUUUUGUUUCUUUAUUGUUAUUAUUCUAAUUAUACUAUGUUUAUAAACUG